UUUUUGUUUUCUCACUGUUGGCUAAAGCGCAGAGGGACAAAGAUGCAAGAAUAUCAGCCACCUUAAAUAGAGCUGAAAGGAUGGCAAGAGGAGCUUCAGCAUUCCCGUCUCUUUCACUUAUCUCAGCUGCACUCAUCCUGCUUACCUUCACCUCAGGAGGAACUCUGAGAUCAGUUCAGGCACAGAAAACUUGGUGCGUUGCAAAGCCUUCAUCAGAGGAAGCAACACUUGUCGCAAACAUCAACUAUGCCUGUUCUCAGGUCGACUGCAGCAUUUCGUACCAGGGAUUCCCUUGCUUCUACCCUGACACUCUCAUCUCUCAUGCUUCUAUUGCAAUGAACCUCUAUUACCAAGCAAAUGGAAGGCACUACUGGAACUGUGAUUUCAAGAACUCUGCUCUCAUUGUCACAACUAAUCCGAGUUUCGGCAUCUGUGUUUAUACCUGAUAUGUGCAUGAUAUCAAAGAAGAGUACUUCAGCUAUUAUUUACUGACUCCAAAGUUUGAAGUACAGAUUGAAAGAUGGAGGAAUAAGUGAUAAUAUGAAUUAUCAGUAUAUGUAAUAGAAUGAUUUAGUAUGGGACUUUCAAAUCAUCAUUUGUGGUUUUUGUUGUUUAUGAUGGACAACCAUAAACCUUUUCCAGUAAA